GAAGAAAAAUCCACAAGUGUCUGUCUGCUACUGCAACGGCUGUGUAAAUUAUCAGUUUUAUUGAUCUGAAGAUGGAUUCUACGCUUUACGAAUCUACGCUGUCCGAUUUGAAAAAGAAAAUUAAGAGUUACCCAGACUUUCCUAAAGAGGGGAUUAUGUUUCGAGACAUAUUCUCUGUUCUGAGAGAUCCAGCAUGCUUGAGGAAUGUUCUUGAUCUUAUGGUGGCAAAGAUUGAAUUUCUUAAAUGGACUGAUGUGGAUGUUAUUGUGGGUCUUGAAUCAAGAGGAUUUAUACUUGCACCUUUACUGGCUCUCAAGCUGAAUGCUGGGUUUGUCCCAGUUCGUAAGAAGGGCCGCCUUCCAGGAAACUGCAAAGAAAUUGCAUAUACUUUAGAAUAUAGGAGUGAUGUAUUAGAAAUACAGCAAGACAGUAUCCAUCAGGGACAGCGGGUACUGAUUAUAGAUGACUUAAUUGCUACUGGAGGAAGUUUAGGGGCAACCUGCAAGCUCAUCAAGGGUCUAAAUGCCAACAUAGUUGGAUGCUUAGUUCUUUUAGAGUUGGACCAGCUGGAUGGAUCCAAAAAUGUGGAUGCUCCUGUUCAGUCUUUGAUUACUUUCUGAUUGAAACAUAUAUUCCAAAGGCAUUCCAUGGCAUCAGAUAUUAUUUUUCAGAUUUGUAUUCCAUUGUUAAAUUUGUUAUUACAUGACAAUGAGAUGGGGAAAACAGUUAUAAACCACCACGCAGAGCCAACACCAAAUGUAAUACAGAUCCUCCUUGGACUUUAUAAUCAGCA